AAAACAGCCUUUGCUUCGUCAAAAUCCACCAGCUUUUGCUUUUAGAAACCGAACCAGAGAAAGAUACAGAGAAAACACCACAAAAUAUACAGAGAAAGAAAACGAUGGACACACUGCAAGAAGAUGAAGAGUACAACUGGAGAGAAGUAAAGUUGCCUUCAUUGAUUCCAGUAAUACCCGAACCAGGGCUAGAAAGGGAGACGGGGGAGAGAAGGAGAGGCAGAGACAUACUUAUAGCUAUUGAUCAUGGACCUAAUAGCAAGCACGCUUUUGACUGGGCUUUGAUUCACCUUUGCAGACUAGCUGACACCCUCCAUCUUGUCCAUGCUGUUUCGAGUGUGCAGAAUACUGUUGUUUAUGAGACAAGCCAGCAGCUCAUGGAGAAGCUUGCCGUAGAGGCUUUGCAGGUUGCCAUGGUUAGGACUGUGGCUCGGAUUGUGCAAGGGGAUGCUGGAAAGGUAAUUUGCAAUGAAGCAGAAAGGUUAAAGCCUGCAGCUGUAGUGAUGAGUACCAGAGGCAGAAGCCUAGUUCAAAGUGUACUUCAGGGUAGCGUGAGUGAAUAUUGCUUCCACCAUUGUAAAGCAGCACCUGUUAUAAUCGUUCCUGGGAAAGAAGAUGGAGAUGAAUCGUUGAUAUAGCGGGUCACGAAUUUUGUUCAAUUGAUUGAUUGGUUGUGCCGGAUAGUAAGGUUUUGAGGAAGUUGAUUGUCAAUAUGUAACAGGUCAUGUAUGGUGGUAAUUAUUUGUGGUGUUUAAUAUGUAGUAAGGAUGUGUAUUAUAUGUAUAAUUACUACACAUUUGAAUGAUUAUUGUUGAAGUUAGCUAUA